AUGCAGCGGUGGCUCCCGGCGAUCCUCCGCCGCGCGGCCCCCGGCGGCGGCGCGGCGCGGCUCUUCUCCUCGUCCUCCCUCCUCUUCGACGAGACGCAGGAGCAGUUCAAGGAGAGCGUGCACAGGUUCGCGCAGGAGGCCAUCGCGCCGCACGCCGCGGCGAUCGACGCCUCCAACCGCUUCCCCACAGGCGUUAACCUGUGGAGGCUCAUGGGGGACUUCAACCUCCACGGCCUCACCGCGCCGGAGGAGUACGGCGGGAUGGGGCUCGGCUACAUGUACCACUGCAUCGCCAUGGAGGAGAUCAGCAGGGCCUCGGGGUCCGUCGGCCUCUCCUACGGCGCGCACUCCAACCUCUGCAUCAACCAGCUGGUCCGUCAUGGCAACCCUGAGCAGAAGCAGAAGUAUCUACCCAAGCUGAUCAGUGGCGAGCAUGUCGGGGCGUUAGCAAUGAGCGAACCCAACUCUGGCUCUGAUGUGGUCAGUAUGAAAUGCAAGGCUGAGAAAGUGGACGGCGGCUUUGUCAUCAAUGGGAAUAAGAUGUGGUGCACGAAUGGGCCUUCUGCUCAGACACUGGUUGUGUAUGCAAAAACGGAUUUAGCUGCAGGGUCAAAAGGAAUAACUGCAUUCAUAAUCGAGAAAGGGAUGCCUGGGUUCAGUACUGCUCAGAAGUUGGACAAACUUGGCAUGCGAGGAAGCGACACGUGUGAGCUUGUUUUCGAGAACUGCUUUGUGCCACACGAAAAUGUUCUUGGUGAAGAGGGCAAAGGUGUUUAUGUCAUGAUGUCAGGGCUUGAUCUGGAAAGACUUGUAUUAGCUGCAGGUCCCAUUGGUCUUAUGCAGGCAUGCCUUGAUGCCGUACUUCCAUAUGUUCGCCAGAGGGAGCAGUUUGGCCGUCCAAUUGGUGAAUUUCAGUUCAUACAGGGUAAAAUGGCUGACAUGUACACCUCGCUGCAGUCAUCAAGAUCAUUCGUAUACUCAGUUGCUAGGGACUGUGAUAAUGGCAAAGUUGACCGCAAGGAUUGUGCAGGAGUAAUUCUUUUUGCUGCUGAAAAGGCAACCCAAGUUGCACUUCAGGCAAUCCAGUGUCUUGGUGGCAAUGGGUACAUAAAUGAGUACCCAACUGGUCGUCUCCUCAGAGAUGCAAAGCUGUUUGAGAUUGGUGCUGGUACUAGUGAGAUAAGAAGAAUGAUAAUUGGCCGUGAGCUCUUCAAAGAGGAUUGAAAUUGUUAUUUUGCAAGCCAGAUAUCAAUAGAUGUUAACUGGAGGAGGUUUACAAGUCAGUCGGUGGCCUAAUAUAUUUUGCUCCACAUAUGCGAUUUUCACAACCUAUAGGCUUCUGGAGGGGAUGAUUUCUUGACUAUAAGCUUUCUUUUCUGGACUUUGAGCCUUCUGUUUCUGCCUCAAUGCGCCCCACUCAAUGGCCUCUGCAACUGCUUUUUGACGAUCAUAUGCACUCUUAUCUUGCUUGGAGCUGCUAGUUGAUGAGGGGUCUUCAACUUGUUUCAUCUGGGGUAUAGGACCAGACUUAUAUUUAUAACCAGCAGGCACUUCUGCAAGGAAUCCCAGUGCCACAACAGCAUCACUCAUGUAAGGCCGGACUGAGGCUUCCUCUUGUAAGCACAUCGCUGCCACGCCCACUGCCUGGCUCAAGUCUCUUUCUGGAUAUUCGCCUCUGAGAAGAGGGUCUACUAGCUCACUGUACCUCUUCCUGUCUCUCAGCAUGGGCUUGACCUGUUGAUCACACAUGAAUUCAACAGCCAGAAAACCUUGUACCAGAAUAGUUCUAUGAUUAAUUUAUGACUGUUCAUAUGCAUUUACUACUACCA